AGCCUGGCUCGGGCUGGGCGCGAGGCCGGCAGGGCUCUGGGUGUGGGUCGGGGCCGUGAGGCUGGGAGACAGGGGCGUCGGGAAGGCAGGGCUCCUUAUGGAAGCCGGUGGAGUAGGGAGGCCCCGGGGAUAUAACGGGAUCGGGUGGUUCAGAGGACCAAGGCGCUAGAGCGCCCCAGGCGCGGGACCGUGCAUCUUAUGACCGGGGAGGUGAAGAGAGACAAGAGAUGCCAGCUGCAUCUGGAGAGGAGGGACCAAGCUGCCGCUCCAGAUGCUGCUGCUGCCGCCGCGGCCACCCCACCCUCGGUCCUCCUCCCCGGAGGUCAUGGACCCACCGCCCCCCAAGACUCCCCCUUUUCCCAAGGCGGAAGGCCCCUCCUCCACUUCUUCCUCGGUGGCGGGGCCGCGACAACCGCGGCUGGGCCGCCACCUGCUCAUCGACGCCAACGGGGUCCCCUACACGUACACGGUGCAGCUGGAGGAGGAACCUCGGGGCCCGCCACAGCGCGAGGCGACCCCGGGAGAGCCGGGUGCUCGCAAGGGCUACAGCUGCCCAGAGUGCGCCCGUGUCUUUGCCAGCCCUCUACGGCUGCAGAGCCACCGCGUGUCGCACUCGGACCUCAAGCCCUUUACAUGUGGUGCUUGCGGCAAAGCCUUCAAGCGCUCCAGCCACCUGUCGCGGCACCGCGCCACCCACCGCGCGCGCGCUGGCCCACCGCACACCUGCCCGCUCUGUCCACGCCGCUUCCAGGACGCCUCGGAGCUGGCGCAGCACGUGCGCCUGCACUGAGCUCCGCCCUGCCCUGUCUGGGCCACCACGUCUGACCCACACAGCGUCACACCCACACAGUCCCAGUUCUGCUGAGGUUACUGCCUUACCCUAGGCCUCAGUUUCCCCACCUGUCCCCCAAAGAGAAACAUCAUUUUGUCUUUUCUCCCGUCUAGCUGUGUGAUGUAGACCAAAGUUGUUGCCCCUCUGGGCCUGGGUGUCAGUUGGAACUGGGCUUCGGUCUGGCUGUGCUGGGUGUACGCCUUUGCAAGUGAUGCGGCCUCUCCUGAGUCUUGGUUUUCUACUCUUGCCAAGAGGUGAGGUCCUCGUGGAAGACAUGGCAAAAGCACCAGCACGGUCUGGAUCAUCUCUGUACUUCCCUCUAAUGCCCACGACCCCUCAUUCUUGCCCCAAUAAACAUUCCGCACUUCA